AUGGGUGAUUUCGGAGAAGAUUCGGAUGAUAGUGAUGGUGAAGGUGGUAUGGGAAAUGUAAGUAGGAUCAUUAUGCGUCCUCCAGGACAUUCUGGAAAGGCAAAAAAAGGGCAUUUAUGCUUUGACGCUUCUUUUGAAACUGGUAAUUUAGGAAGGGUAGAUCUAAUUAAUGAAUAUGAAUAUGAUCUUUUUAUUCGACCUGAUACCUGCAGCCCAAAAUUGAGGUUUUGGUUUAAUUUUACUGUAGACAAUGUAAAACAAGAUCAGAGAGUUAUAUUCAAUAUUGUAAACAUUAGUAAAGAUAGAAAUUUAUUUAUGGAAAAUAUGACACCUCUAGUUAAAUCUUCUAGUAGACCACAAUGGCAAAGGAUUCCUAAACAAUAUGUCUUCUAUCAUAAAUCUGCUCUUCAUCAUGGCCAUUAUGUUCUUAGUUUUUCAUUUGGUUUCGAUAAAGAAGAUGACCUUUUCCAAUUUUGUUUGGCUCCUCCUUAUAGUUAUUCGAGGCUUCAGACAUUUUCAAAUGUUUUAGAGAAAAAAGCAGCUUAUCUUACUGAGAACUUCAAAAAGGAACUUCUUGAACAUUCUGUGCAAAAAAGGAGAAUCGAUUUAAUAACUAUAGGAUCUCUAAAUAAAAAUAAUCCAAAUUCUAAAAGAAGAGUGAUUGCUAUAAUGGCAAGAGUACACCCAGGAGAAUCUCCAUCUAGCUUUGUAUGUCAAGGUUUGCUAGAACUACUAAUAAGUUCAAAUUAUAUAGCAACAACUUUAAGAGAACAUGUGAUAUUCAAAGUUAUUCCAAUGCUCAAUCCAGAUGGAGUUUUCUUAGGUAAUUACAGAAGCACCGUUAUAGGAACAGAUUUAAACAGAUCUUGGCAUAUUUCGAAUCAAUGGUGCCAUCCUGCAUUAAGAGCUGUGAUUGAUAUGUUAAUGAGAAUAGAUAAAAAUAAAGAAUUUCAAUUAGAUUUUGUGAUUGAUAUACAUGCACAUUCGAGCCUUAAGGGUUGUUUUAUGUACGGAAAUAGUUAUGAAGAUGUAUAUAGGUACGAACGGCAUAUUUUAUUUCCAAAACUUUUGGCUAAUACCUCAGAUGACUAUGUACCUGAAAAUACUAUGUUCAAUUCAGACAUUAACAAAAUUGGAACUGCAAGACGAUAUCUUUGUUCUAUAUUAAGUGAUAGAGUUAACUGUUACACAUUUGAAGUAUCUAUUUAUGGUUAUAAACUCAAAACAUCGGAUAAUGUGAUACCUUACACAGAAGAUACCUAUAUGAGAUGUGGUAGAAAUUUGGUGAAAACUUUCCUAGAAUAUUAUCACAAUACAGGAGCAAUUCCUAUUCUACUCGGUACAGAGAUAGUUCAGAAGAAACAAAAACCAAGAUUGAAAGAAAUAAGAAGAAGAAAUAAAAAGAGACUUCAACGACCUUUGACUAGUCGAACAUUAGCUGAACUUCAUUUCAAAAAUCUGAAUAUAUGUGAUUAUGAUACCUCCUUUGAUGAGUUAACGUUCAGUCAUCGACAUGCAACUUCACAUCGACAUACUUUUAAUAGACUCACAGAACAAUUACACACGAAAGAAGAUAACACGCAGGGAGGAAAAAAUAAUACACCACUAUCUCCUACUACAUACGUGGUCUUACCAGAACCUUCUUUAUCUAUCAUAGAUUUUAAUUUAAUAAUUAGGGAAGACAUUAAUGCUUACAUUAACCAGAAUCAAAAGAAAAAAUGUACUAAUUUAACUUAG